CUUCCUCUUUUAGUCACUUUGGGCGGAGCCCAGUCAGGAAGUGCCGCUAGCUGAGUCCUUCUCGUGCUUAGAGAGAAGAGAGCAGGCGGGCUGAGGCAGCGGACCUAAACGGGGCAACGGCAAGAACGCGUUUUUUUACAAGAUUUGGACUAGAGAGCUGUUUUUCCAGAGACAUUGGCUAAUGAGAAAGAAUAGCUUUUCAAGUUUAGGAUGGUUAAAAAAACAGAGAAAAGCAACCGUCACAACAGUUGACAAGAAGGUACCAAAUGGCAUCUUGGAGGAACAAGAUAGGGAUGCCAGUAGGAUACACUGCUUGCAAACGCCCAGACGCGGCAGUAACAAAGCACGGAGCAAAUAUCGAGAGUUUGGAUACAGUACUGAGUCAUUAUACACCCCUGUGCCACCAGAGCAACAGACGGUGGUGCUCCUGCCGCAAUCCGCUUCAGCCUCCAAAACCUACUUCCCCCUCCCAGUGGGUCACCUGGAGGAGGAGCAGAGGCUCCGCUCAGCUGACGACGGCAAGCUCUUCAGGGAGGAGUACAACUCCUUGCCAGGAGGUAAUGCCCAAGGGACGUAUGAGGAGGCCAACAAGGACGAAAACAAGGAGAAGAACAGAUAUCCCAACAUCCUUCCUUAUGAUCAUUCAAGAGUGGUGUUGACUCAGCUGGAUGGGAAUCCCUGUUCAGACUACGUGAAUGCGUCUUACAUUGAUGGUUACACGGAAAAGAACAAAUUCAUAGCAACACAAGGGCCAAAAGAAGAAACCGUGGCAGACUUCUGGAGGAUGAUGUGGGAGCAGAAAGUAGCGACUGUUGUCAUGCUGACAAACUUAAAAGAAAGAAAGGAAGACAAGUGCUACCAGUACUGGCCGGAUCAGGGCUGUUGGAGCUACGGCAGUGUGAGGGUGGCGGUGGAGGACUUCACUGUCCUCGUGGACUACACCAUACGCAAGUUCUGCAUACAACACCAAGCCACCGACGCUGCCAAGACUCCCAGACUGGUCACCCAGCUCCACUUUACCAGCUGGCCCGACUUCGGAGUUCCUUUCUCCCCCAUCGGCAUGCUCAAGUUCCUCAAAAAGGUCAAGCUGGUCAACCCGCCCUUCGCCGGGCCCGUCGUGGUCCACUGCAGUGCCGGUGUCGGGAGGACUGGGACCUUCAUCGUAAUCGACGCCAUGAUCGACAUGAUGCACGCGGAGCAGAGAGUUGACGUGUUUGGGUUCGUCGCCAAGAUUCGAGAGCAACGCUCGCAGCUCGUCCAGACAGAUAUGCAGUACUCCUUCAUCUACCGGGCCCUGCUUGAAUACUACCUCUACGGAGACACGGAGUUGGACGUGUCCUCACUGGAAGGACAUCUGCAAAAAUUGCACAACACCUUCACCACCGGUGACCGGGUCGGCCUGGAGGAAGAAUUUAGGAAACUGACCAACAUGCGAAUAAUGAAGGAGAACAUGAGAACGGGGAACCUUCCUGCCAACAUGAAGAAGAACCGAGUUCUGCAAAUUAUUCCAUAUGACUUUAACAGAGUAAUUAUCUCCAUGAGAAGAGGUCAGGAGUUCACCGAUUACGUCAAUGCAUCUUUUAUUGAUGGCUACAGGCAGAAGGACUACUACAUUGCCAGCCAGGGCCCUCUGACACACACAGUGGAGGAUUUCUGGAGAAUGGUGUGGGAAUGGAAAUGUCACUCCAUUGUGAUGCUCACGGAGCUCCAGGAGAGGGAGCAGGACAAAUGUUGUCAAUACUGGCCAGCAGAGGACUCUGUCACCUACGGGAAUUACACAGUUGAGUUGAAGGGAGACACCUUGUGUGACACAUUCAGCCUACGAGACUUGGUACUCACCUUUGCCCCGGAGAAACAGACAAGGGUGAUCAGGCACUUCCACUUCCACGGCUGGCCGGAGGUCGGCAUCCCGGCCGAGGGGAAAGGCAUGAUUGACAUCAUCGCCUCGGUGCAGAGACACCAGCAGCAGUCUGGGAAUCACCCCAUCGUUGUACACUGCAGCGCUGGUGCAGGGCGAACAGGUACGUUCAUCGCACUGAGCAAUAUCUUGGAGCGAGUGAAGGCCGAAGGGCUGCUGGACGUGUUCCAAACUGUGAAGAGUUUACGCAUGCAGAGGCCCCACAUGGUCCAAACUGUGGAACAAUAUGACUUCUGCUACAAGGUGGUACAAGACUUUGUGGACAUUUUCUCAGACUAUGCCAAUUUUAAAUGAUGAGAUUUGCCUUAAACAUGGUUUUUAAUGUUGUUUUCUAAAGCUGCUUUGUCAGUUCAUUGUGUUUCUUUAACUUGGUCAAAUGAUCUAUUUUGCUAUGCACUUGUCCUACCAUUAACUCCAUCCUCGCUGUAAUAUAUUCUAUGUCAGUGGAUGAAAAUUGUAAAUGAAAAAAAAGUUAGAUUAAUAAUGUAUAUUUCACAUCAUGUAAGUUAACUCGUUUUGUCAUGAAGUGUUGUUUCAAAGUCUCUUUCUUUCAGUUUGUUGUAUAAUACUGUAUUUUAAAUGUUUAUGUAAGUGCUAUUUUGGAUUGACGACGUAAUACUUUUAAGAGUUGCAGUUAUUGUAAAUGUAUUUAUGUAUUGACCACGACAUUCCAAUUUUGAGUUUGGAGAAAAAUAACGGAAUGUUUUUUUUGUUUUUGUUUUUGUCAUUUAUUGAUGACUUCUAUCUGAGAUUAGAGGCGACAUUUAAGCUACAUGCCCAUUUCCAAUGGAAAUAUUGUCAGAAAAAAAUGAAUCACAGCCAUAAUGCCAAGAACAAAGUUAUGCAACAGAGGCUAAGAUGACAAAACAGGUUGAUUUCCAACAUGAAUUCCGGCAGAACCUGCACAGUUAGGAGUAUCCUAGUCAUUAAAUACCAUCAACAAAAGAGGUAUGCAACUGCAUUUAACAUGGAUGUAACAGUCUGCCUUUUGUCUGUAGACAGCAAAAAAAUAUUUUUGCUAAAUAAAUGCAGAUUAAAAAGCACAAAACUAAGCCUUUUACCAAGAACCUGCAAUGUUCAAGAAUAUUUUUGCUUUAUUUGUAUUAUAGAUAACUUCAUAAAUCAGUGCCAUAUUUACUUGGGAGAAGCAGACGACCCUCAGUGAAAGGCGAGUGAUCCUAAGAUACGUGUCGUCACUUAAUGCAGCAGGUGGUUCAGUGCCUGCUUAAUGCCAGAGCAAAAAAACACCCAAAACUAUCAAGGUCUAGGGACUUUAUAUAGUUUGCUUGUUUUUUUUCUCCCACAUAUUUCAAAAUAAAGUAGAAUGUUUCAUUUGAAAAUGAUCUAAUGAUGAGAAAUUCAUCAGAAAGCCUCUGAAUGUGAAACUGCUUUUCUCUGCAUUUUGUCCACGGCAGAACCCCCCCACCCCUCCCUAUCUGGUACUCAAACGUUAAACCAAACACUUGCAAUGAUUUGACCCAGCUCUGCUUCAAUCCUCAAUAAAAUGUUGAAUUUUGUUAAUGCUGCAUGUAAAUACUACAUGGCAAAGUGCUAACAUUGUGAAGUUGUGCGAGUGAGCAGCAGUGUGUGUGUGCUAUCUUGUCCGUGGGGGUGCAGCAGGAGGAGGAACUUAACCAAACAACCUAUUCAGUCGGUUUAUGUUGAGUCAAUACCUUCCUCGUUGCGAGAAUUGAGAAUCCUCACUUUAACCUACAGCUCUUUGCCUCUGUUAUGUGGGUGGUCUAACCAUUUUGGAUACUCAAUGUCUUUCAAAUGCAAUUGCAGUAUUAAAUUCAUCUGAAAAUGC